AUGAAGGCCUACGGAGCGUGUAUAUACCUGCGUUCUCAAGAUAAUGAGGGUAGGAUUAAAGUUGUUUUGUUAUGUUCAAAAUCUAGAGUUGCACCCUUGAAAUCAAUAUCUUUACCUAGAUUAGAAUUAUGUGGAGCCUUAUUGUUAUCGGAAUUAUACGUGUGUGUUAAGAAAUCUAUAAACAUAAAUAUUCAACGUACUGUGUUUUGGUCCGAUUCCACUAUAGUAAUUCAUUGGAUUAAUACGCCUCCACAUUUACUUCAGACGUUUGUUGGAAACCGUAUUUCUGAAAUUCAAUCAAAAACUGACUCAUCUACAUGGCGACAUGUCCGAUCUGAAGACAACCCGGCGGACGCUAUCUCAAGAGGACAGCUACCGUCAGAAUUCUUAAAAAACAACAAUUGGAAGAACGGACCCUAUUGGCUUCAUCGUUCAGAAAAUUCGUGGCCAAUCUUAGAAAUUACCGCUGUAAAAGAAGUACCUGAAAUGCGUAAAUCUUCCUGCUUUGUAUUCUCUAAACCAAGUGAAUUUUUGACACAAUUCUCUAGCAUGUUUAAAUUACGAAAAAUCUUCGCUUACGGUUUUCGAUUUAAACUUGACAAUCGAUGUAAGGGCCCCCUGCAAGUAUCUGAAUUAUCUGCCGCUACUACACGUAUUUUAAAGCUAGUUCAAAUAUCGUCUUUCUCUGAAGAAAUCAACCGAUUGAACAGUAGUAAGGAUCUCAACCAUGACAGUUCAAUCGAAUCUUUAUCUCCUAUUAUCGACAACGAUGGAUUAUUACGUGAAGGAGGUAGAUUAAGGCAUUCAAACCUUUCUACAUCGCAAAAGCAUCUAAUAAUUCUACCGAAGAAUCAUCACGUUACAAAACUGAUAAUAUUGGAAGAACAUGUACGUAAUUUUCACUCAGGUACACAAUCCACGUUAUACGGCUUACGGAGACGAUAUUGGAUUGUACAUGGUCGAGCUCAGGUACGCCAAGAGAUCUCUAAAUGCGUAGCUUGCUUUAAAUGCAAACCUGUAUUGGCUCAAUUCAAGAUGGGUGACCUACCUGAAAAUCGAGUAAUUCCACAAGACGUCUUUUACAAUACGGGUGUAGAUUAUUGCGGACCUUUCUUUGUGAAACAGAGAAAAUACUAUAACCGAUCAAGCGUAAAGAUAUACGUAGUCGUAUUUGUAUGCUUAUGGUCGAAGGCGAUUCAUUUAGAAAUUGCUGAAGAUUUGACCACCGAUGCACUUAUCGGCGCUCUUUCUCGAUUUAUUGAUCGUCGUGGGAGAUGCAAAAAUUUGUAUUCGGACAAUGGCACAAAUUUUGUGGGAGCUAAUAACCAGCUAAAGGAAGUAUACGCCAUUCUAAACGCUGACUCUAGCGCAAAUAAAAUCCAUAACACCUUGUCCAAAGAAGGUAUUAGUUGGCAUUUUAUUCCACCACUAUUUCCUCACUUUGGAGGGCUAUGGGAGGCUGGCGUAAAAUCAAUGAAAAAUCAUAUGCUCCGUGUAGUUGGUGAUAAAUUAUGUACCGUUGUAGAGUUUCAAACGUUUCUCAGUAGAAUCGAAGCAAUUUUGAAUUCAAGACCAAUCUCUUAUAUUUCACCCGACUCUAACGAUCCCCUUCCUAUUACUCCUGGUCACUUUCUAAUUGGCAAAUCUAUUAUGAGUUUAGCAGAAGAAGAUCAUCGUGAGGUUCCAAUAAAUCGAUUAACAAACUGGGAAUAUGUCACUCGUAUGAAACGUGAUUUCUGGGAUAGAUGGCAUAAAGAGUAUAUAAGUAGUUUAAAUGUGCGAACUAAGUGGUGUACUGGUCAACACUCCAUAGGUAUUAGAAGUGUUGUGUUAUUAAAGGAUGACAAUCUACCGCCCCUGCAGUGGUCAUUAGGCAAGGUUGUUAAGAUAGACCCAGGUAAAGAUGGAAUAAUACGGGUAGUAGAUGUGCGUAUCGGUAAACGAGUCUACACUAGAAAUGUGAGAAGUUUAGCUCCAUUGCCCAAUAUCCAGAGCAAUUACCAAAAUUCGAUAAACAGUGUAGUGCAAUCCGUUAAUCAAACUGAAGAUUAA